CAAACUAGCUCGUGACUUCAGCAUCCAAUGUCUUCGAGCCCUAAAUAGCCAUGAAAUUUAAAACCGACGGAGCGCUGCACGUGCUCUUUAAUGCCUCGAUGCCGCAUCUUUCGUGUUCACCAUUUGCCAAUAUUUUUCAACGCGCCACCAAAACAUAAGAAUCCACGUAUGAAGCGAUUUGGCACGCUCCAUGAGCCAACGUACAUUUGUUGUUAAAGUGGUCACGCAAGGAGAUCCCCGGGCUCGUUAAUCCGUCUAAAGAAUCACGUUUUAGAGCGAGGUCGCGACUUAGAGAUAUCAAUGCUCGAAUCGUAGGAUCUUCUUGAUCUGACAAACGAGAAUGAAUUACGUUGACAGGAGAGAUUUUCAAGAAAAAUCUCGACGUGUAAAUUCCGUUUUUUUUUCCAUUACCGAUUCUCUGCUUCGUUGAAAUUGUUCGUCACAGUUUCUCUAAACGAGAAGUAAUUCGAAUUACGAUUCAUUGAUAUAUAUCGAAUCUAUUUGGAGCGAAAAAUUUUAAAAAAUCAAUGCUCCUUUGUAGUUAUCCGGAUAUUGGAGUUUUCUAUACCAUAAAUCUGCCUUUUUUCUUGAAUUAUUCAAAGAAAUUCUUCACUCGACUCUUCAAUAACAUCCGCCAUAAAAAAUUGUUUAUUUAUUCCCCGAGUUUCAUUUGCACAAGUCAUUCUAUAAUUUAUAAAGAAAAUUCUUAAGAGAAAGAAAACCAUAAAAGUUGUUUACUCCAGUGUUGGUCCGGUUGCUUGUAAUUUAUCUUUUGGCCUCGAAUUUUUCCGCAAUCCCGUAAUGCAAAAAAAAGCUUAGGACAGAUGCGGUAAUGAAUACUUAACGUGCUUUUUUCGCACUGAUAUUCACACAAUCGCUGCGCGCACGUGUACGAGGAUGAGUGACAGUACGCGAGCGUUGCUCGCAACUUGAUGUAUAGCCGUACAAACGCAUUGAUAAAAAAAGUAAUAAAAAUGAAGCACAAACCGAAAGUGAUCUAUUUGUGUUUUCGACGAAUCGACACGAUGACACAACGCGUGAAACACUUUAGUUGAACGUUACAUCUGUGUCCGCAACGUCGGUAUUGAUAAAUUGCAAUUGAUAAAAUAUUUUAUUAUUUAUUCUGCUUGGGGACUGCUCGUACUGAUAAUUGUCAAGGCUAAACGAUAUUUAAACGCUUCUGCAUUUCAUGAUAGAUAGAAUUUUGAGUUAUUUGUUGAAACUGUAUUUUUUUCACGGGCUUUGUUAGAGAGCACAUUUGAAUUGAUGAGUUGAUUUUUUUAUUUUAUUUUUUUUUCAUAUACUCGGGGAUAGGGUACAAUUGCAAUGAGAAAUAUAAUUUAGAAGCGAGUAGAAACGACACGAAACUUUUGCUUUCGACGAGCCGGUAAAACUCAAAUUUUGGUGUAUUCCUUUGCGAAAACAGAAGAAAAGAGAUUUCCUUUAUACGUAGUUUGGAAAUUUGCAGAAAUCAAUAACACGAGUGAAAGUCGACAUUUUUUCUAAGCUCUGCAACAAAAAACUUGCUCACUUUAGGUUUGUUAGAAAAAGUGAAAUUUUAAUGUACGCGAGAGUGUUGAAUAACCGCGCGCGGGUUUAAGGUCGCGCAUAACACCUUGAGGCUUCCCUUGCUGAAUAUUUACAAGGCCCAUUUUGAGGAGAGCCGCCAAAAAAAGGCCGCAGGCGUAAUAGGGGUCUUGACGCGAUGUACGAUGAAUGAUAAUGAUACACGACUCGAGUGUAAUUCUCUCUGGUAUCGCCCGAAGCACUUUACAAAAGAGUUACUCUCGCUAUUUUUCAUUCUGCCAACUGAGAAAGGUAAAAAAAUCAUAUAAAAAAGAGCACGUGCCAUAUACGGAAUUCUUUCGAUAAUAGAUCCUCUGAGUAAUUAUAUUUAAGUGUCAUACGCGAUGAACGAGUUUUUCGCAAUUUUCUUUGCACCUCGAACGUGUGCACACGGGAGAUAAAUAACGGGGCCAGAGAUUCUGGAAUGCUGGAGUAGAGUGUGUUUGAAAAAAUGAAGAGAAGUUUGUGUGAUAAUUUAUGCGCUAUAAAGACCGAAGUGAAAACAAUGCAACUGGGAUUCUACGCGGAUGGGAGCUGCCACUAAUUUUGAGGAAUGACAACACAAAUGGCUGGCACGAACACCAAUUUGAAAGUUCCCGAUGACCAACAAAAAUCUCUUCAUUCGGCUCAACCUUUUCGAAGAAAUAGCCUUGCUAUUCCUCUUCUCGUUGGACCGGAUUCGCCAUUUCACGUCGUUGGCAAUGCCAGAAGACGACUCAGCAAUGUCAGUGAUGUUGUUUCGAGAAAAAUUUCACACACCAUCGGAUGGAGAAGCGUUUCGGCUUCCGUUGAACUCACUGUUUCUCAGGGCUCCUCUCUGUGUGCUCAAUACAUAAGAAAUCGGCUGAAGAGAUCAGGAAUAUUCCAGCGGAAGCUUGGUCUCAAAAGGAUGAGAAGUGCGAUGUUAUUGCCAGGAGGUUCGGUGGUCGGUGAAGUUUACCCAGAAUUGACAACAGUCGGUUCGGAGCUAGAGAAAAUGCAUCCGAAUCUCUUCACUCGGAUAGGCCGUCAAAUUGGCUCGAGUACAUUCACUUCGGAACAAUCCGCGGCCGAAGCACUGACUGAUAUUUCCCGAGAAAUGUUGCGAUCAGGCGAAAUGACAUGGAGCAAAAUAAUCGCCCUUUAUGCAGUUGCUGGCGGAAUCGCAGUCGACUGUGUUCGUCAGGGAAAACCAGAAUUCAUUCCAGCUGUUCAACGCGCUAUGACAGAAGUUCUUGAGGAAGAUCUCGCCUCGUGGAUCCAAGCCAAUGGAGGAUGGAGUUCUCUCGUAACUCGUUAUCGUCCAGCAGAAAAAACUUCGCCUUGGCAGGAACACAGACUCGUGGUCUAUCUCAUCCUCACAACAAUUGUCGUCAUUUUAUUAUCGAUCACGAUUAGAUCUCUUGUAUUUUAAUUUAUAAAUACUUCUGAAUAUUAAGUUAAUUCACUGUUGUAGUAUAUUUGCAAAAAUACCCAUCGGCAUGUAUAUUUUUUGUUAUCGUAAAUUAUUUUUCGUUCGGUACAUCAUCUUUGUACUAGGACACGGAGUUUGGCGUUGCCGGAAGCUCCGGGGUCGAUGAGACGAUAAUUUUAUCAAUUUCCAUUUCCGAUUUCUCCUCGUGUUCCGUCAUUUUCGUUUCCUUGAUAAUAUUUGGCUUGAUGAAAAAACAACAACAAUUUUAAUGAAAAAAUAACUCUUGUCAUUUACUUUAAUGAAAAAAAAAAAAAAAAACAACGAACGAAAAACUUACGAGAGGUUUAGCUCGGCUUGCGAUCAUAGUGAGGAAGCUCUGAUUGCUUUCCUCUUUCUCCAAUAUCACUAAAUAAUUUUUUCUCUCCUCCAAAACUUCGUCAACUAGUUUUUUAUGCCUUAUAGCUAACUCCAAAGCCCUUUAAAACAUUGCAACAGCAAUAAUAAAUUAUUUACAACAGUUUGUACGGAAUUGAACGAGAGACGUCAUUGAACACUCUAACGAACAAGAGGAUUUCGAAGAAAUACCUGUUCCAUUUGUACACCUUCAUGUUGAUCCGUAUGGCUUCAGAAACGAGACCAUUCUGCAACAGUAUUCCUUCACCUGCCAAUAAGUCACCAGCUAGCAAAGCCAUUUCUGCCAAUUUCUCAGUUUUGUUCGGAAUUUUCUACAAUGAUAAAAUUCCAAUGAUUUUUCGAAUUUUCCAAUGCCUUAGAGUGAAGAUUACAUUAAUAUUUUCAUCGGAAUAAAAUAUUUUUAUCUCUCUCGUUAAAAAUCUCUUGGAAAUUGUACCUUUAUAUACUGUAUAUAGUCAACUUUGUCAUAUCUCUCAAUAGCAGCGUAGGCUUCUUCGGCAGCAUCCAAUUCUUUACCGUCCGUUGCUAAAACCGCCAUACAGGUCCAAAGUAUUUCAUUCUGAAUCGAUAGAAAUGAGAAUUCAUUGAAAUUUACUUACUCACAUUAUUAUUUUUCAAGCUGUGAUAUUGGCAUUUUUUUUUCGUGUUUCAAACUUCUUACCUGGGCAAUGCGGCAGAGGGAAAGAGCAUCCUGCCAUUUGUUACUCAUUACGUGUUUGUGUAAAGUUGUGAAAAAAGUAUAGAAAGAAUUAACAACGAGGGCACCGUCUCCGCGACGCACAGUGACCAUUCCAUUCCGAACACUCACGAUGUUCGGUUGUUUGCCAAAUUCACUAAAAUUUUAUUGAUAUUUUCAUUAAUUAUCUUUAUCAUUUUCAUUGGUUUACAUAACGUAAGUGAUAUGUUGAUGAACAUUGAAAAAAACUUGUGUUUAAUCAAUAAAAAAUGGAAUCAGACUGUAAUUAGUUUCCAAAAUCGUCAAUGUUCAGUGUAAGUUGGCCCAUCCGAACGUUUUUUACGAACUUAAUAUUCGUAACGGUAAAAACUGUAACGCAAACCUAUUUUCUUUAUCGAUUCGUGUUUUGCGUAUAACUUUUCUAUCGCUGUAAUGAACGCAAUUAGGGCAGAGCCAAACGGACAAAUUAGAAUCGAGCAUGGCAGCCAAAACAUUGGCAUCGGUAGCCCAAGCCACGUUUUGUGCCAUUGCAGCUGUGAAAGUGAAAGAGAACAAAUUAUUCAUCAAAUUAUCAAGUAAGGAACGAAAAAUAGUUUAAGAAAAUGUUUUUCAUGCGAAAAAUAUCGUUUUCAAGAAAAAAAACAGAAAAACGUGAUGAUAAUUUUAAAAAACAAAGUGUGAAAAAAGGCUUUUUACCGAUUUUACAAACUCUUCCGAAACCGGAAGUUCGAACGGAAACGAGGAACAAAUCUCUGUUAGCAUCGAUUAUGGCCAACUGACGAUCAUUUACUCCGCCAAUAUAAUUCAGUGCCAAACGUGUCACGCUCGUGAGAUGAGAGUGAGAUUGAACUUGGUUUAUCGGCUUGUUCGUUGAUACCUCAAGGACGUGAAUUACUGAAAUUCAUUUGAUUCGUUCCCAUCGAGAACAAUUAGAAUAAUUUCCAAUCUGCUGAGCGAAAAGCCAAUCGAGUGUCGAAAAAUUCUGCUCACAUUUGUCGUUGCUCUGAUCUCUUACUGUCAAAGUAUCUGAGCACAGAGAAAUGCAAGCGGCAUUAAGGGGUUCUUGUGUCAUGGUUUUCCACCUAGGAACUCCCAGCAAACGACCUUGAUAAUUGUAUAGCGUUAAGGCGUUCAUCUCGACAAUAAGAAAGUGCCUGUGAAGUAAUUUUUAUCACUAUUAAACAGUUUUUUUAUUGUGA